AUGUGGUCAGAAACUUCAGACGAAAUUUCACUUCUGAGUUUGCCAAAUGAGCUAUUGCUUAUGGUCGCGAACGAACUGACGGAAACCUGCUGCAUCAACGCUUUAGUGCAGGUGAACCGACGAUUUUACCAGCUACUCAAUCUCGAAUUGUAUCGUCACGACGCUCGGAACCGCGAUACGGCCCUUCACUGGGCUAUCCGAAAUGGCUCUCGAAGGACCGCCGACGUGGCUAUUCGUGCUGGAUGCGAUAUCGAACGAUUCCUAAACAACACCACCCCGCUUAUGGCAGCUGCCAAAGCGAAGACCCAAGCGAAGAAGAAGAAGAAAAUCAACUUCCUCAAGAUGCUACUUGAGAAAGGUGCCAACCCAAAUACUCAAGAUAGCAGAGGACGCACUGCGCUCAAUUUCGCUGUGCAGAAUAACAACAAUGAUCGAAUUCUUGUUCUUCUCGGAAAGGGGGCAAAUCCAAAUACACAGGACGUACAGGGUAGCUCACCUCUGCACACUCCACACCUACUCCCAAAGGUUGUGGAGACUUUGCUGACAUAUGGCGCAAAUCCAUCAAUCCAAAACCACCGGCUGGGAUCACCACUGCACGUCGCAGCCACUCAACUGAACCUGAGCGUUGUCAGGUCGCUUUUGAAGGCCGGUGCAGAUCCCUCCGCUCUCGACUAUGACGGAAAGUCCCCAUUGUUCAAUGCCAUGCUCCACCAGGAUAAAGGUCUUGAAAUCGCCCGUGUCUUACUCGAAAAUGGUGCCAACGUGCGUCGCUCCGAGGAAGCAGUGCCCGGACCCCAGCCUAUUCACUGUGCGGUUCAAACAGGACAUAUCGCAGGGAUACAACUUCUAUUGGAAUUUAAUGCCGACGUGAACGCCCCAAGCCAUACUGGGGAGAGCGUUCUUAAUAUGGCGGCAUUGACCGGAAGAACUCUGCUUGCACGGUAUCUUGUUGCAGCAGGAGCUGAGGUUGGAGUGGACAGUGACGGCAGAAAUCCUCUUCAUUUGGCUCUUGAUCAUGAAGAUGGGGUGCUUUGCCAGCUCAUACUGGAGAACGACCCAGAUCCUGAUAUCCGGGAGUUGUUUAGCAGCCUCUCUAUUGAAGACUAUGACUGCCCACAAGCCGUUGAGGUUCUUUCUCGCAAGGGACUAUCGGCCCACCGGAUGAAGAAAAUCUUGAUGCAGCCACCGAAGCCACAGGAGACAACGAUGACCUCUAUUCCCAUUCCUUCGUCCUAG